GUCAAUUAGGCAAUCAACGAAUAACGUUUGUCUGGUUAGACUUCCCCUCUGCCCCCUGCACUGCAUCCUAGGUCAUUCUGAUCCUGGAUGCUAGUAGGAGGAUCACCCACCACUAUAAGUACUCACCCUUCCAGAGCAGCAGCACACUCACCACCUCACCACCUUGCCACCAACACAUUCAUUGCUUCUCAACCUCAUCAGGGCAUUAUGGCUUUCAAGUUGCUAACGUUGGUAGGCCUUGUGUCGGCGGCCCAUGCUGGCUACCUGGGAGCUCCGGCCGUGGUCGCUCCAGCUGCAGCAGCUUACAGGUCUGCAGCCUACGCAGCCCCAGGUGCUUACGCAGCCCAUGGCGCUUACGCAGCUCCGGGUGCGUACGCAGCAGCUGCAUACACCGCUCCCGGUGCCUACGCAGCUCCAGGCUACGCCGCCUACGCAGCGCGACCAGCAGCCUACGCAGCUAGACCAGCUUUCGCUACUGCUUACGGUGCAGCUGGACCUACAGCUUAUGCAGCCAAGGCUGCAGCCCUUGACUACUACGACCCCAACCCCCAGUACAGCUACGCCUAUGACGUUCAGGACGCUCUGACCGGAGACUCCAAGAGCCAGCACGAAAGCCGAUCCGGAGAUGUUGUCCAGGGCAGCUACUCCCUUGUUGACCCCGAUGGCACCAAGAGGACCGUCGAGUACACCGCUGACCCCGUCAACGGGUUCAACGCCGUCGUCCACAAACAGCCCCUCGGUUAUGCUGCCGCUCCCCUAGCUAAGGUUGCUGCCUCCCCGUACGCAAGAAUUGGUGGACAUGGUUACUACCAUUAACAUAUAGCAUACAAUCUAUUAAGCAAGUUACCACCUCUUUCAUUAAAUAAAAUUAUGUUUUUUAUAUAUUUGUAAUAAACUUGACACUUCUUGUGA